UUUUCGGACGCUAAUAAGCUGGCGAGCGGCGGCGGCGGCGGACGCGGCUUGUUCUGCUACCAUUGCCCGCCCAGCCUGCCCCCCCACCAGCACCGGCUUCCAACCCUGGAGUACCCCUUCACGGCAUCCCAUCCCUACACAAGUUACUCCUACCAUCCCGCCAUACACGAUGACACGUUCGUGCGGCGGAAGCAGAGGAGAAACCGGACUACCUUCACGCUACAGCAGUUGGAGGAACUGGAGACUGCGUUUGCGCAGACGCACUACCCCGACGUGUUCACGCGAGAGGAUCUCGCGCUCAAGAUCAACCUCACCGAGGCCAGGGUCCAGGUUUGGUUUCAAAACCGUCGAGCGAAAUGGCGGAAAGCGGAGCGCCUAAAAGAAGAACAGAGAAAGAGAGAAGGAGCAGACAUCCUCACGAAGAGAGAUCCCGCUGAUGAUAAGGGGUCAUCAGAAUGCGGCAUGUCCCGGGGUUCGGCUGAAGCGUCUCCGGUGUCCGGAGUGGUGUCUCCGCGUGGCUCUCCGCCCGCCACGCCCGGCUCGCCGCGCCGCUCGCCGCUCCGCUCCCCGAGGAGAUCACCCAACCGGUCGCCUAGGCCUGAAAGAUCGGAGGCGAGCUGCGCGUCCCCCGCUCCAUCAGUGGGCAGUGCAGGCUCCAGGGACGCUCCCCCCGAACACAGGCCGGCGCACCACCUUUUCUCACCAUUCGACCAUUCAGGCGCGUUCCGUUCUUCGCCAGGCAGCGCUGACCCUGCGCCCGCGCCGCCCCCGCCGCUGUUCCUGCCGCCGCACCUCUCGCAUCUCUCGCAGCAUCUCAACCAUUUGUCGCAGCCCUUCUUCCCUUUGAAAGGUUGGGGCGCGCCCUGUCCCUGCUGCCCAAAGGAAGAAGCGCGUUCGUCCAGCGUGGCAGAGCUGAGACGGAAGGCUCACGAGCACUCCGCUGCACUACUCCACUCCCUAGCCAGCUUCCAGUCACGAGCAUUACUCCCGUUGCCGCUUCAUCUACCACCGUUACCGCUUUCUCUCCUACCGCCCGAGACGCAAGCCGCGCCCGCGGAUCCGCCGAAACAUCUUGAAUAGUGUGGCCGUUUGUUUUCUACAUAAAAGGUUACAAAAUUCCCAAGUCUUAAUUUUUUUCUAAAUUACGUUAUAAUUUUUGGUUGAUUAGGGUCAGUUGCCCAGUGAACUUUGAUAUUAAGUUUAGAUACGCGCCGCUGAUAAAAUGAAAUGACGAACUUUGAGUGGUUGUGCGCAGUUAUGUUAAUGUCAAAGUUGACUGAUAGAAUGCUCACUAAGACAGCCGUCUGGAAUAAUUUUCUAACUGUAUGUAUAAAUAAAUAACAUUAUAAUUUAUCAUUUCCUGUUAUUUUCAAUGUUUCAAAAGAUUUUAUAUAACUUCAUCGAUUUUUAAAGAUGCAUAAUUUGAUUCUUUUACAAUUUUACGUGAAUUCAUGUGUGCCAUAUUUGAAUUCUUGUGCCAACGCAUUGUGCCAUAAAAGUAAUCUCUGUAAAUAGUUUUAUUUUUAAUAUACGAUAUUAUUUAUUAGCCACUAUGAGUACAUACUAUGGACAUUUGGAUAUGAAAGGACAUUUUCAUCCUUUAAACAUUGCAGCUAUAAGCAAACAAUAUAAUAUAGACUUAGUUAUACAUAUAAAUAAUCAGUAAAUAUAAUAUAAUAGUAAUAUUUCCAAAACAUCAGAAAUAUUUGUCGCCUUACUUAAAAGCACUGUAAAAUUGUCUAUUUCCAAUGAAUGAUAUUUUUUUCAAAAACCGUUUUGAAACUGACAAGAUUUCCUAUGACGUCAUGGUUGGGAGUCAAUACUUUAUUGAGAACAAAAUAACAGAAAACGUACGUACGUAAUUAAUAAAAAUUAAUUGAUAAAUAUUUUUUAUCCAGUAAGAUAUUUUUAAACUCAGAUUUAAUUCUCAAAUGCGUUUGUUAGUUCAGAUAUAUAUUAUAGCUCAGACACAUUCGAUGCAAUAAAAACUAAUAUCAGAUGGAGAAAUUGAGGAACUUUACUAUAUUUCUAUUUUUAAAUUUCAAAUAAUCGAAAUAAUAUAUUUUUUGUUUUUUUUUUAUUAACAUUAGGGAGUCCAAAGCUAUUUUUUUCGCAAUCAAUCUCAUACGCCCUACGUUUUUUCCUCCAUUUUUAAAUAGAGGCCGUGGCGUAAAAAAAAUUAUUUCGAAAAAAAAAGUUUUUAGGACAGUCUAUUACAUCAAUACCAAUCCAGUAUUUGACCAAAACUGAUGUGAAUAUUUCUGUUUAUCAUUAAAAUAGCCUUAAGAUGUAUAUAAAUAAAUAGAAAACUAAUUAUGUAAUCAUAGAGUUUUGCUGUUCGUAUGUUGUCUUAGACUAUUUUGUAUAUAAUAUAGUUAUUAUAUAAAUACUUCACGCCUACAUUUUAGCCCUGUUAUUCAUAAAAAAAUAUAAAGCACACUUAAAUUAAAGUAUGUUUUGUCUUGUUCUGUCAAUACCAAAUUUUGUAAAGUACGAUAGUGACAAAACGUACUUUAGCUUUUCUAUGAAUAACGGAGCGAUAUCCCAGAUGUGAUGAUACAUAUUAUGUAGGUAUUUAUCCAUCUAAGAAAUAAAUAAAUACAUAUGGAAAAAUCCCAUAGACUGAGUUGCCCCAAAAGUCGAGACUUGUGUUAUGGGAUACUAACUCAACAAUAACAUGACGAUAUUACAAGAAACCUCAAUACAAGAAACCUCAAUAAAAUUUAAUAAAAUGUAACUUAUUUUAACGUUUCAUUGCCUAGUUUUAAAACCAUGUGACAAUUUUUUAUAUACUAGUGAUAUCGAUUUCUUGCGUGAAAAUCUGCAGGUCACUAAAAGCAAGUGCUCAAAUCUCGUGUUGUUUCUCUCUAGAUACGAAGUUAGACCGAGACGACAAUACAAUAGUCAGGACUCAUAAAAAUACUUCUUCAGGGAAAUAUUUUCAAAAUUGUAUACCAAUUUGUUUUAAUAAAAAUGCGAUCUCAAAAUUCGUUAUAUAUAAAUAUAUAACCGCCCGCGCCAUAUUUGUAUAUAGGUAUGAAAGAGAAAGGUAUAUAACCACUGCACCAUGCACGAAAUGGGGAAUUGGUGGCGGGGCGUUGUAACAUACUAUAAGUACCUACUCGUAAAAUAUCUUAGUUAUGUAAUUAGUUGUUUUAAUCAUUACAAAAUAUACCAUUAUC